GAAAUGAUGGAGAAAGAUUGUCAAACCAGUGGUGCAGCUUACCCCUGUCCGUACGAUGGUUGUGUCCGCGUUUUUCAGAGGUUGUCUGCUCUAGAAAAACACCUUUCACUGGAAAAGUGCGAGCAGAAGCUUGAAAGAAUGUCGCUUCUCGACCGUGCAAAACUAGGYUAUAAAGAAUAUCUGGAAGAGGGGACUGGCAUUCUUCCGAYGCUCAAUCCUAUCGUAACAUCCGUUGAAUCCGGGAAUUCUGAGACACCUGAGGGAUGGGCAUUGAAAGAAAGCAAAAAGUCCUACCGCUUCAACGACGAACAGAAGAGGUACUUGGAUGCUAAGUUUAACAUUGGACAAGAAACAGGUCGAAAAAURGAUCCAAAUGCUGUUUCAGCAYAGAUGAGAAAGGCACUAGAUUCAAAUGGCAAACGSCUCUUUACUGUGAACGAAUUCCUGUCUCCACAACAAAUUAAGUCGUACUUUUCUCGCCGUGCUGCAAAGCUUCGACAGCAAUGUGAUGUCACGUCUGAAGAUGCCGCGGCCRCUGAAGAAGAGACCAAUUKCUGUUUAGCUCGUGAUGCUGCCUUCGCUAACCUUCAACUGCAACAUCCUAUAGAAUUCAACCAGUAUAACAUUUGUCAGAUGUUUACAGAAAACUCCCUAGGAAARCUAAAGCUUGGCCUUUUGCAAGAAAUGUGCGAGAGCCUAGAAUUAAACGUGCCASAAAAAAGGCUGCGACGUAGGGCUCCAURUGUUGAUCUGCUGAAAGAGCUUGUUCAUAAGUGCUCGUGCCAAAACAUUUGA